ACCACCAACAUGCCUCGUUUGGAAGAAUGGGAAAUUAAAAAGUAUUGGGAGAUCUUCCAGGGAUUGAACCCUAUCGACAACAAGUUGGACGGCACCCGAGUAUCGCCUAUCCUUAAAAACUCGCGAUUGAGUGACGACAAGCUAUCGAAGAUCUGGGACUUGAGUGAUAUAGACAGUGAUGGGAAACUUGAUUUCGAGGAAUUCUGUAUCACCAUGCGGUUGAUCUAUGACUUGGUCAACAACAACCAGGGAUCUAUUCCUGAAGAGUUGCCCGGGUGGUUGACUCCCGCGUCCAAGUCUCACUUGAUUCAAGCCAAUAGAGCUGUCAAUACUGGUGAUAACAACUUCAGUUCCAACAACAGCAGCAGUAACGACACUGAAGGUGACGAGGAGUUCUUGUCUGAUGAUUUUGACUGGUACAUAUCGCCCACUGACAGGUCGUCAUACGAGGCCAUCUAUAACUCCAAUAGUGACAAUUAUGGUAGAGUUAGAUUCGAGUCCUUGGAAGGAUUGUACAGCUCCUUGAGUAAAGUUCCCAGAACCGAUAUCUCGUCGGCGUGGAACUUAGUCAACCCCAAGUCGUUUGAAACCAUCGACAAGGACCAAGUGUUGGUGUUUUUACAUAUCUUAAACCAACGAGAGCAUGGUAAAAGAAUACCAAGAGGUGUGCCAGUGUCGUUGAGAGCCACCUUCUCGAAAGAACAGCCAAACUACGACCUAAAUGCCGUGUCCAUCACCAGACCUCAACGCCUGAAUGUGUCUUCUAACGGGCCGAAGGGAUUUGCCACGGAUUAUUUGAGUAAAAUUGGCCAGUCUAAUGUUGUUAAAGACUCAGGAACCGAUUUUUCUGCCACCGAAGGCACCGACUGGGAAGAAGUCAGAUUAAGACGAGAAUUGGCUAACUUGGAGGAUUUGUUGGAGAGGGCCAACCGUGAAACCAAGACCGAUGAAGGCGUAUCAGACGAGUUGACCAUCGUCAAGCAUGAAUUUGAACUAUUAUUGAACUACAAGGAAGAGAAACUCCAGUCGUUGCAGACCGGGAAAGUGAACAGUGCGGACUUGACAGACGUCCGCAAUGAUAUUGAGUUGAUUGAAAGCCAAGUCAACUUGUUGCAGGGAGUGUUGAAGGAAAAAGAGGCCGAGUUGACCAGCCUCCAAAAUCAGUUACAAGUGUAAUGGCAAAAAGUGUAUAUUCUAAUAAAGGGAACCAAGUUACAGCAGACGUAUCUAAAUGUGUGUGUGGAUGCAAAAGUCUAAGAAGCUCACUUCUUAUCGCCCUUUUCUUCAGCUUCAGGCUCGGGUUCAGGUGUGGGCAACUUGAACGAUUCGGGCGUAAAGUCCUUACCAUCACCAACCUGCUCCCACGCUGAGUGAGGAACCGUGAAACUUCUAGAUGCCUGGGUCAAUUCCAAUGGCUCAUACACUACUCUCUUCUUUUCCUCGUCGUAUCUCACUUCGGUGUAUCCAGUGGUGGGGAAAUCCUUUCUCAAAGGAUGGCCUUCAAACCCGUAGUCGGUCAUAAUUCUUCUCAAGUCCGGGUGGCCCUCGAAAAAAAUCCCAAACAAGUCGUAGGUUUCUCUUUCGUACCAGUUGGCACCUUGAAACAAAGGCACAAUCGAAGGCACAGGACUGAUUUCGUUGGCGUAUGUCUUGACUCUGAUUCUCGAGUUGUAACGCACGGACAACAUGUUGUACACGACAUCGAACCGGUUGGAUCUUGAAGGAUAGUCUGCUGCCGUGACAUCCAUCACUGAUUUGAACUGCGCAGAUGUGUGGUUCUUUAAAAAUAUCAUGGUGGGUCUCAAGGCGGAAGGCGCUACGUACACCGUCAACUCGUCCUUCCAUACCGAGAACUGCUGGAUGUAUUUGGGCAUACAAGACAUGAUAUAUCUGCCGAAUUUAUGCAAUUCUUCGGAUGUUUCCUUGUACUGGUCAGCAGGAUUGACUAAAGGCACAUGGACUUCGGUGGGUUUUCUUCUGGGGAGCUUCGACAAGUCUGGCAACUCGUACGAGCUGUUGUAGCGAACAGAUGACUGUUGUAACAACCGCUUGCCUAGGAGGCCUAUGCUAUUGAUUCUGACACUGGAUCUCAACAUCCUACUGAGCUUCACAAGUAU